UGGCCAGGAGUACCAUUAUCAUUGAUUAGGGCACGCCUGGCUGCCCUACGGCGCGUAUUAGUUUCACAGCAGACCGCGGAGAAGCUGGGCGGAGUCGUGAGAAGGUUUGGUUUACAGCGCUGCAGGUGCACGGAGGAGUCGUGUGGUGAAUCAUGGGGUUGGCCAUGAGCCACAGGAACGAAGUGGCCCCCUGCGAGAACCACCAGCUCUUGGUGCCCAGGAUCGCCAUCAUUCCAGGUACCGCCAACUCCGAAACCUCCGGCGAGCUCGAGGCAAGCGCAGCUGGCCCUACCGAAGUCACCACCACCGUAGCAGCAGACAGUCCUUCUACCAGUCGGUCUGCUGGUGUCAGAAAACGCAAGAAGGUAACGCACGAACAGCAGAAGGAGAACCGACCACCCAUGGAAGACAAGGAUCCGGGGACAGCUGCACGGGCGUCUACCAUGCUGCCGUACGGGUACCAGCCGGGGACGCCGUUCAUCAGGCUCGGCGCCGGCGCCCCCAGUCUGAACUUCGUCUGGUCGAACACGUUUUCGGGCGACAACCGGAGGAGAACCGUGGCGGGAACGUCAGUCGGCGGCGCACGCAACAACAAGGCAAAAGAAGAACGGCGCCACACCACCGGAGAACCGCUGAAGUACGCCCUGGAUAAGGGCUCCAACAGCCGGGGGAAAAGACUUCCGACGAUCGAGGCACAAAACCGCUCGUCACACCAAAAGCCGGUCCUGAGAAGAAAGAGAUCGUCAGUGAUUAGCAUCGGGAGCACCAGAGAAGGAUUGGAGGUGAAGUUGGUCGAGAGAGAGUGGGAGGUAGACGACUCUACAAAUGAAACAGCCUUCUAAAGACGCACAGGUGCAUCAGAUGCACUGUCCUGGUAUAUGUACUGCAGUUUUGAUAACAUAUUCGAUUUCUAAAGUUGAAUUACGGUUUGUAGUAAAUGUAAUGUUGCAGUUUGUAGUAAAACACUUGUAUGUUUGUCACUGAGAAUUGUAUAUGUUCGUCAAUGUGAGUCAACCAACUCAACUGUUUUGCAUCAGGUAAUAUCAUAAUAUCAGCCAGUCACAAAUUGAAUCUAGCUCCUCGCGGCAAAACUGAUGGAUAUUAUGAGUCUCGACAGGAUACCGAUCUGAGAGGGUUACGUUAUUCUGAGAGAGCAGUCCUAGCCGUGCUGGCGUGAUUUCACCUCCACGCUUGACGUAAGUGUUCCUGACUCCCCGCCAUGCUUGAUUGCUUCCGCCGUCGCAAAUGUCAUUAUGAUUUAUAUAUGCAUUUUAUAGCGUAAUUCGC